GUGCAUAAACCAGCACAAGAGGAGGAACAUAGUCAGUCACGCACAAUGCACUUCGCUCUCCAUACGGGCCUAGUAACCAACGUGCAGUUGUACAGUUCAGCGGUAUAGUGCACAUUUCGAAUUUUAGUUCGUGGUGUUUUUGAAAACGUAUUUAAAUAAAGCGGUGGAUAUUUGUGUGUUUACUGGAUUUUUUUUUUUUUAAAUUCGUUUUUUUAAAUACAAAUUAAAUUUUUCGUUUUUAUUUUUAUUCUUUCAUUAUUACUAAACAAAACCGAUUCACUUAUAUUUUAAUUUUAUUUCUCCAAAUUUUAGUUAGUAUGUGAUGUGUUUGUGUUUGCAGUGUGGGAUACGAAUGCAGAAAACCAAACGGUUUUAAACUUGUAGAUACAGGAAUGUUACUACUGCAACAACGUAUAGAAUGCUUACAAAGACCAUAGGAUGCCUACUAGUUGGAGUAUUAACUUCGAUAUGGUUAGGAUAUGUUGGAAGUCAAGCUGUCGUGGACAAUCGUUGCUAUUUAGAAAAUGGUGGUUCGGCAGAAAGCUUCUUUGUUUCCGAAGAUGUACCAGUAGGAUCUAUUAUUGGCGUAUUGAAGAUAAAUGGAGAUACAUCUGAAAAUGGAAAUAUAAAUUUAUCACUAAAAGAAGUAGAUAGUCCUAUAACCAUCUUACCAGGAACCAAAGAACUUAGUCUAACAAAGCUACUAGACAAAGAAGGUAUUUCUGGACCAUCUUCCGUUUAUGUAAAUAUAAUCUGUGAGCGGAAACAUACAGCCGACCCAAAUUUUGCGAUUCCCGUAAGCAUUCGAGUUACUGACGCUAAUGACAACGCACCAAUAUUUGUAAAUGCUCCUUACGUUCUUAACAUAUCUGAGGUAACUGUUGUAGGAACUAGAGUACUUCAAGGUAUUAAGGCUGUCGACGCUGAUCAACUUGGUCCAUUUUCUACCGUACAUUACACCGUACUCCCAGGACCACAUUCUGAUUACUUCGUUUUCGUUAAUGGCCUCGAAGGAACUCUAGUGUUGAGGAAAGCGUUGGACUAUGAAACUCUUUCAAAUUUUACAAUUGGAAUACGCGCACAGGAUCAAGGUAAUCCACCACAAUACACAGAUACGGUCAUCUAUGUUAACAUCAUUGAUGCAGAUGAUCAAAAUCCGAAAUUUUACGAUGAAAGAUAUACAGCUACGCUGCACGAUAAUACUGUUAAAGGUACAAAACUUAAAGUAUUUCCUAGAGAAAUCGCUGCGUACGACCAAGACCUUGGAAUCAACGCGAAUAUAUUCUACACUUUAAAUCCUGAUACCCAAGACUCUCGAUACUUUGAACUGGAUAGAGUUUCGGGUAGUGUUACCGUCAAACGUGCCAUUCCAGAAGACGAUUUGUUACAACCAGCCACUAUGGUCAUCCGAGCCACACAGUUUGAUAAUGCUGAUCGUUAUGCGUUGGCCACGUUGACUAUUAGCCGGCCAGGUACUUCGCUUCGUGAACUUCAGUUCUUACAAGACCACUAUCAUGCUGGAGUACUGGAAAAUGUACCUUUAGAUAGUGUCCUAUUGACUGUGAUUACCAAUAAGCCUAAAGACAAGCGGUUGAAAUAUUGGCUAAGCAAUUAUACGGAUAUAUUUUUGAUUUCAAUCAACGGUGAUAUAAUUUUGAAAAAACCGCUGGAUUAUGAAACAGUAGACAAUUAUGUAUUUUAUGCUUUUGCCACCGACAGUUUUAUGAACACUUCAGCGUACAUUAACAUCACCGUACUAAAUGUUAACGAUUGGGAUCCGAGAUUCCGGUACCCACAAUACGAGUUUUUUGUGCCAGAUAUAUCUCUAUCUCAAUUACUUCCGGGCACGGUGAUUGGUAAGGUGGAAGCGGCUGAUGGCGAUCGUGGAGAUCGUGUUAGCUUAGCAUUACGAGGCCCGGAAUCUAAAAUGUUUGCAAUUGAAGAUUCGGGAGACAUCGUUCUGGGCGAUCUGUCAGAUCUAAACACUUCCACCGCACACUUGGUAGCCGUGGCCACCGACACUGGGAUACCUCCGAGACAAGCUUCGGUGCCCGUGAUCGUACAUUUACCUGAUACUAUUGUCAGGUCUGCCGGCCGGACGUCCGCUAACAGUUACACUCUGUUUGUGAUAUUCGGAGUUAUUUUGAGCGUACUCAGUCUAGUUAUAAUCGCGCUGAUCGUUCACAUCCAAAAAAACAAACAACCGAAAAUUGGCGCCGCGACGAAUUUUGAUGUCCGUAACAAGUUCGAAGGUUUUAAGCGCACUAAUCCUAUUUAUGACGAGAAGCGUUUAGUCGGGGUCGGCACUAAAAUGCAAAAUCCAUUGUUCAAUCCUAAAGAAGACCUAGCUGAUCCGUUGUACACUGCCACGGUUAAAACAACGAGAAUGUUCCCAGGAACGACCAAUGGAAAUGGUAGAGCUAAAAUGGGCGCAGUACAGCAAACGCUACCUCGGUCUAGGCAUAAGUUUCCUGCACCAGCGCCACCACAAAUACCCAAGGGUGGUGGCGGGGGUCGAUCCCCAGCUGGUUCUUCAACCACUACAACGACAGCUACUCCAAGUCCAGUGAACAGAUUUUCUCGAGUGCCUCAUUGGCCGACUGAGGCAAUUCCUAGACGAGUUAAGAAACUCAGCUGGGAUGAUCGUAACUCGUGUGCUCACAUGACGCGCGAGAUCGACCCAAGUGUCAGUGUAACUCCAGUCGAAGAAACGAGAAGAGAAGACAACUUAACUGUAUAUUUUUAGAAUACCGGUAGUUUGAAAUUAAGUUAACGUAUAUUGUAAAUUUAAUUAAUUUUAAAACAUCUUUUUUAAUGUCCUAAGUAAAACAACUAUGUGAUAAGAUCAAAAUUAUAACAUAAGAAUAUUUAUU